UAAACUGCAAAAUGGAUCCUUUAUUCAAUACCACCUCUAUGCCCAAUUGGACCACCAGCUCCAACACCAAUAACGACACCAUGUACGAGAACCAGUUUGUGCAACCAGUGUGGAGAAUUGUGCUCUGGGCCAUCGCAUACAGUUGUAUAGUUAUCGUGUCUAUAGUAGGUAAUGUUACAGUGAUCUGGAUUAUCAUGGCGCAUAAACGCAUGAGGACAGUCACCAAUUAUUUUCUGUUAAACCUGGCGUUCGCCGAAGCCUCUAUGUCCGCCUUCAACACGGUGAUCAACUUCGCCUACGCCGUGCACAACGAGUGGUACUUCGGACCCGUCUACUGUCGCUUCCACAACUUCUUUCCGAUCGCGGCUGUCUUUGCCAGCAUCCACUCAAUGACUGCCAUCGCUCUGGACAGGUACAUGGCCAUCAUCCACCCUCUGAAGCAGCGCAUGUCAUCCACACAGACCAAAGUGGUGGUGGGAGUGAUCUGGGGCCUGGCCAUGUUCCUGGCCUUCCCUCAGUACUACUACUCCAACGUGGAACAGUACCCCGGCCGGGUGUUGUGCUACAUCGACUGGCCCGAACACACCGCCUCCAAAAAGAUCUACCAUGUGUGUGUGGCCAUCCUGAUCUACUUCCUUCCCCUGCUGGUGAUGGGUUGUGCUUAUUUGGUGGUGGGACUGACCCUCUGGGCCAGUGAGAUCCCCGGAGACUCCUCUGACCGCUACAAGGAGCAGCUGACUGCCAAACGCAAGGUGGUGAAGAUGAUGAUCGUGGUGGUGUCUACGUUUGCCAUCUGCUGGUUGCCGUACCACGUCUUCUUCCUGCUGCACGAGUUCUUUCCCAAAAUGUUUGAGAAAGCGUUCAUCCAGCAGGUCUACCUGGCCAUCAUGUGGUUGGCCAUGAGCUCCACCAUGUACAACCCCAUCAUCUACUGCUGCCUCAAUGACAGGUUUCGUGCUGGUUUUAAACAAGCCUUCCGCUGGUGCCCAUGUGUCCCCCGUGGCUCUUACGAAGGCCUGGAACUCAAGUCCACUCGUUACCUUCAGACUCAGACCAGCGUUUACAAGGCUAGCCGGAUGGAGACCACCGUGUCCACUGUUCUGCAGGUUGGGGACGACAUGGAGCAACCUAAGAUAAAGGCAAUGGCGGGUCCUGGUCCUGGUGGGGCUGCUGUCGGGGUCAGACCGCAUAGCUCCUCCCUGGACCUCACCUCAAAUGGGUCAUCAUCCCGGAGCGUCUCCAAAACGGUUUCGGAGACGUCCAGUUUCUACUCCAGUAACAACCUGCAGGAAUAGACCUCAAACACAGGCGGCACUAUGUCGGAAGGCAAGGACAGCGUGAGUCGACUGUUCUUUUUGCCUGCGUGUGUUCAUGCAAAUGGGCGGAGAGAAUGUGUCACUGUGUCUGACUGUGGAUGUGUUUUUGAUGAGUACAUUGCCGGCGUUUCAGCUGGAACAUCAUGUUAGGUAAUUUUGCAAGUGAGACUAAGUUCCGGUUCACUGAGUGCUGCUCUCACCCACAAAGCCCUUGUUUAAAGCACUCAUGCUACUCACAGUUAAUGAUCAGCGCCAAAAAUUGAUGAUGAGCACUUCGACGACAUGAUGAGCACAUUCCGGUUCAAAAGCUAAACUAAAGCAGACGCUACAGAGCCUCAUACCUUCACAGUUUCUGCUUGUCACACCAGCCUUCUCUCAGUGCAGAGCGAAGGUUCACACGUCCUCAAUCAUUCAAGCUGUGCGACUUCACACAGUCUAUUUUAGCGUCGAGCUAUAACAUGAGACCGGCAUGCUGUGAACACAGCGGCUCCUCGUCUUAACAGGAGUGUUCUCUAAAAAAAAAAAAAGAGAGCUCUGAGACCUCACUCUCCCCGAAAUUUCUCUACACUUCGACUUAACUCUUCACAUUUUGAAAACAGAAGCAGAUGUGUGGUUUCAAUUGAAAGGCUCAGCCAGAGGAGGUGGUGGAGGGAAUAAAAAAAGAACAACAAAGACUAAACUCUGAACUUUGCAUGUGUAUAUGCGUGUGAACCGAUGAGAAUGCUAACUCCGUUUGGCCGAGAAGGACCUGCUCAGCAAUCCGAUGAGCAGGAUGAGUGCCUGUAUGGUGAUGAAGGAACGCUCUUGGGAUCCCCUGCAGGCGCUGCUGAAAUGUUCUGGCCCUCACCAGAACAGCUAUCAUCAGACUAAACAUUGAUUUUAACAGCUGGUAACAUCAUCUGAGCAUCACACAGAUUCUUCAAAAUGCUGAAGAGGCAACAGCGAACCACAAGUUUUACUGAAACCUGAGUCCCAGGUUAAAUCCUCCAUGACACCACUGAAUCCAGACGCUAGUGUGUAGCUCUAGAUUGAUCCCGUCAGCUAUCAGUCUGCCACACCUGCUCCACCUUUAUCAAACCCACGACACCGGGUGGUGAUCUGAAUGCCAGGCACCACUACAAACUGUGAAAUAUUGAUGUAACUCUCAUUAGCUGCUCUACCUUUCAACCUGGCAGAAACAUGCGCUCUGUGUCUUAAUGCGAUUUGGCUGGAUUAACUUUACAUCUGACAUUAACAUGUCUUCAGUAAAUCCUUAUAUAGUUUCUUGGCUGUUUAAUCUGUGUGCAUUUAAAAACAUAUAUAUCAUUUUCAUGUUCAUGUUAACGUGGCUAUAGUCACCUCUGACCACCUCUGCAGGUGACUUACAUAAUAAGGUAAGCUUCUUUCACAUAUGUACAGUUUACAUGCUGUUAAUUCAUCUAAAUGCAAUUCAGUCAUUAGAUGCAUGUUAACAUCAGGUUUAAAGGGCUUUGUAGAAGUUUCAGUGUGGAAUGUGUACAGGCAGCCUGCAAACUGUAGCUCUCUAAUCUGCAGUGAUGUGCCUUGCUGCUUAGCAUAAUGUCUGUAAGAGGCAGGGGUGGGGGGGUGGGGGGACGCAGAGGAGGAGCUCACUCUGCUGGGGUCCAAGAAAAGGACGGUUAGGUAACAGAGGCUACGGAAGCCCAGUGGGACAAAUUGUCUUAACCUCCUGCAGUGUUACACACACACACAUGUUCGUCUUUAUGUCCUUGUGGGGACAUUUUCCCAAGCCUAGGCCCCUUUCCCCAACUUUAACCAUCACAACUAAAUGCUUGAACCUAAACCCAAUUCUAAUCUUAAACAACUCUAAUCUUAAAAUUAAGUUUUAACUCUCAAAUUGGCCUUUAAGGUUGUAAGGAGCCAAAAUGUCCUCAUAAUCCAGAAAUGUCCUCACAAUUCUGGUUUUAACUGAUAGUGGUUCUCUCAAGGAUAGAAAGACAUGAACACACACACACACACACACACAAGCACAUGUAACCAAACUGUCUUACUACAGUGGUGAAUUUGUUAGUUUCAACAGAUUUGACUCUAUAAUCAAACUUAUUUUGAUAUGUUUACUUUCUAGAGGUGAAACUACAUUUGUAACCAUUUGUUUAGAGAAGUGAAGUUAAUUAACGGAAGCUGAAAUUUUUCACAAAUAUCAUGUAGUGAGCUUAUUAACUGUGCCUGUAAGUGAAAUCUGCAACACAAAAGCUCAGACAAAUAAUGAAACUAAAAUCUACACUGACACACAGUGCAAGAAGGGGAAUAUUUAAGUCUGAAAAUGAUUUUUUUUAGUGACAUGGUGAAAAGAAAUGUAGCCAGUUUGACUUGUUUUGCAUUGGAAAUCUAUUCUGUUGUGUGAAAACAAUUUAUUUUUGGAGCCAGUACUAGAUUAAAAUAUGUUCGAAGAUAUUCUUUGCAGUGUGCAUACACAACACAUGCACACACAUACAGAGAGAGAGAGAGAGAGAGAGAGAGAGAGAUCACCUGUUGGCACCCAUCUUUCCACUGUCACACACUGAGACUCACUCUCCACAGUCCCCCCCCCUCCUCCUGGUCUAUUCCAAGCACACAAAACCUGUUGUUAUAGAUUCCUCUGUCAGCUGAUGUGAAACUGAGGAGUAGAUGUGAAGCAACAUGACUUUAUUGGCAUCGCAGCUUCAUAUUUAUUCGGCUCGCAAAACCUCGUCUCGGCGACAUGGAAACAUAUCAACAACUAACAGUGACGUACCAACGGUGAGGCAGGGACAACGAGGGGUCACAUUCAGUGCAAGGAGAAAAAUCAAAGACAUACACCAGGCGUUAGACAGUAUUAAAACACAUGCACCUGACAUUCCGCUUUUUCACAGAAGCUACAAUAUAAACCUUAUAAAUCCUACAAAGCUUUCAGGAGAUUAACGUCUUGGUCGAGUCAUCGUUUUCAGCAGUGAGAGCAUCAGAAUCACAGAUCUGUUGCUUUGAUGCUGCAGGCUAACACAAUAACAUACACUUUGUUGAGUGAUAGUCUGUGACAUCCUUUAGAAAGAUUCAGAGAAGAGAGAAGUUCAUCCAUUUUUAAAAUAUGAUAUAAAGUUAACCAAAUAUAUUAUAUUAAGUGUUGUAAGUUUGUUUUUGGAUGUGACAGUGAUGCACACAGCUACUCAUCAGCCCCGCCUUCACUUAGCAUGGAAACACGAGGAUAUCCUUUGGAAUACGAGGGAGGCAGACCCGAUAAAAAAGAAAUGAAAAUAAAACAUUUCAUUAUGUGUCAAAUAUUUCAUCGCCAACAUUAAGUGCAACAUGUUAAGACAGAGGGCAUUCAACCCAUUCAUGGGUCAACAGAACAGUUACUUGAUAUCCAAGAUGUGAACACGUGACAGACAGCUGGCAACAAUAUAACACGUUAGAGACGCUGAAUGUAUUUGUUACAUAACUUGAGGUUAUACUUUCUAUUAUUUUACACCUUGCUAUGACAACGACUCCAUUAAUACACUUUUAGACAACUGACCUGCUAUGAUGUCAUUUAAUGCAUUGAGACAGCAUCAUUCUGACCAACACAAGACUUAUUAUCAUACAAUGGUUUAUUAUUGGCAGUGGUGGAAGGUAGGGAGGUAUUCAAAUCCUUUACUUAGGUAAACGUGCCAAUACAGCAAUGUAAUAAUUCCUGCAUUUAAUUUAAAAUCCUACUCAAGCUAAAAAAAAUAUGUUGCAACCAUGUAUGUAAAUAUAAGCAGCAUGUUACUGUUGUAGCUGCUGGAGGUGGAGCUAGUUUCAUCUGCUUUAUAUACAGUGAGCUAGUUAUGUUCAGUGGUUCCCAACCUAGGGGUGGGGCCCCUCCAAAGGAUCAGCAGAUAAAUGUGAGGGGUGGUGAGAUGAUUCAUGGGAGAGGAAAGAAGAACAAACUAAGUUCUGAUACACAAAUGUGUUUUCAGUGUUUUUUGGACUUUUUUAUCUCAUCUUUAAUUUUUGAUGAAAUAUUGGAUCAUUUAAACAUUUAUUGAAAUGAAAGCAUGUGAGAAGUUUAGAGGGGGGAAAAAAUCACUAUUUGGGCUGUUUAUUUAUUUAUUUUGUUAGUUUAUUCAUCAGGGACAGUGCAUAUUAAUAAACAUUUCUGUAAAUAUGCCAGAAUUAGCCCAGAGGCUAGUUUUCAUCUGUUGUUCUGUGUUUAAAACACUGUUGUAAAAUAUGUCAGUUACAAUAAAUAUAAAACACAGAGUGACAUAAGCAAAAACACAAUCAAAACAGAGCAAGCUGCAACAAAUGUGAGCAAAAACAGAUGUUAGCAUAACAAAUAUGAGCAAUAAUCAAUACGAGCAACAGGACACAAUAACACAAUUUAAUGGCAGGAACAAAGACAGACAGAAGAAAAACAAGUGCAAAAAAAAUGAUAACACUAAGACAGUUUAAUAGCAUAAAGAUUCAUAGACAUCUGAAAUGUGACCCUGACUACAAACUGCUUUUUGUAAGACCUUGGUUGGAAACCACUGUACAACAAUGUGUUCAUCUGAAAAGUAACUAAAGUUGUUAAAUUAAGGGUUAAUGGAGUAUAUAGUACAAUAUUUCCCCCUGAAAUGUAGUGGAGUAGCAUCACAUGGAAAUACACAAGUAAAAGUACAAUUACCUUUACAAGUGUACUUAAGUACUGAGUUACUUUCCACCACUGAUUGCUGGUGUCACUAUAACUCAGGAUAAUGUGUAUAGAGUAUGCUCACAUGUUGUCUUGAAGCGUAAUGUAUGCUAAAGUGUUGCCAGUGAUUUAUUUAGUGUGGAUGAACUGUGAAGUUUUAAAAUAUAUCGAAAAUCCAGUCAAACCUCUGAGAGGUGAUUUUAAAAUCAUGAUAAAUAACAGAACAGAAAUAGAAACAGCAGUGAGACGUUAUAUCACUGAAUGCUCUCCUUCAUUUUGAUGAAUGUAGCUGAAGAUUUCCUUUAUCGGACCUUCUUAUUGUGUCUUUAAAUAUCAGCCGCAGAGGACCAAAGAGAGUGAGCGGGGGGGGGGGAGAGAACGACAGCAUUGAGCUUGAUGUUAUUAAAACGUUGUUAUCUGAUUACGCAAUGAGCGCGACCUGCCUCCUCGCUGCCUUCCCGUCCUGAUAGGAUGAUUCAGAGUCGGUGAGUUUGAUAGGAGAAUGUUCCACGACAUGUGUAAAUGAGCUGAUAAGUACACUGGAGUGUGGAUGAGGCUGUGGUUGUGCAGUUUUUCCUUAUGAGGACCAAUUAUCUUUGAAGGAUAGUGAGAUGAGGACCAUCUUCCACUAUGGGGAACGUGUUU